GAAAGAAAGGGAGUGUAAUGUCACAUCUGGGGCACAGUUAUACACAACACGUCGAGCAGCACCCACCUCUCUCAAACCAUGCCAUUGCUUCGAUGUUACAACCAUUCAGGACAAACAAUAGUUAAUGCCAUGCCUUGUUAAAUACCCGAUUAUUUGCUUAUUUAAAUCGGAAAAUACUUUCUACAUCUAAGUAGGAAUGCUUGGCAACAACAUUCCAUACACGCUUGAGAUGUUGCUGACGCAAUGGUUUUACGACAGUUUAACGACAGUUUUGAUCGGAAGUUGAUCCAGGAUGCCGGCGUUCUUGUGCACUCGAGCAUCAGCGUGGUCUUUCAGCUCGAAACUUCUUUGCAAGUUUGCGAAUUUUCCUACUCUUCGCCCAAGCAGCAGUCAAAGGUUUUCAGCAAGUCGACAUUUAUUUUUGCAGUCAAGCACAAGUCUGAACUGCGCUAUUUCUGAGCAGAGGAAAGGCCUAGCGCCAAGACGGACCGGGCUGAAUAUUUUUGUACAUAAUAUCUCCACAUACCGCAAGAAAAUGUCAUCUUCGCGGUCAGACCCUGGCAUGAGGCAGAGGAUGGUGUGGGUGGACUUGGAGAUGACAGGACUGGACAUAGAGAAGGACCAGAUCAUUGAGAUGGCGUGCCUCAUAACAGAUUCAGAAUUAAAUGUUUUAGCUGAGGGUCCCAAUUUGAUAAUCAACACAACCAGCGAACUGCUGGAUGGGAUGGACAACUGGUGUAAAGAACAUCAUGGCAAUUCUGGGUUGACACAGGCAGUGAGGGACAGUAAGAUCUCGCUGCAGCAGGCUGAGUACGAGUUCCUCUCUUUCAUCAGACAGCACACCCCACCUGGCCACUGUCCCCUUGCAGGGAACUCUGUGCAUGCUGACAAGAAGUUCCUGGACAAGUACAUGCCCCAGUUCAUGCACCAUCUCCACUACAGGAUCAUCGACGUGAGCACGAUCAAGGAGCUUUGCAGACGGUGGUUUCCAGAAGAAUACAAGCUCGCACCACAGAAGAAAGCAUCUCACAGAGCACUGGGCGAUAUUCAGGAGAGCAUCAAGGAACUGCACUUCUACAGAGCACAUGUUUUCAAAUCGCAAACAGAGGAAAAGAAGCGCAAGAUAUUGCAAAAUUGCGACAGCAACAAAAGUGUUUGAGGGGGUUUCAAGGUGGGUGUUAAGAGAUGGAGUAAGAGGUAUUGCUUGAGUCCCAAAUGGCACCCUAAUUCCUUGUCAAAAGUAGAGCACGACAUGGGGAAUUGGGUGCCAUUUGUGCGCAGCCAAGGUUUUAGAUUCUGAAAAUAAAUACAAUUUGCACAGCUGAAUUUGAACUUUAAUCUCCAGUCUGCCAAGAAAACUGUGAUCAUCGUUUUCUUAUUCACACCUGUCUUUCCUCAAUCUGUUUUUAGUUCCUAUUUGCAUUUGGCUGCAAAGGCAUCUUGGUUUCCAGGUUCAACAUGGACAUUUCCUUGUUUGGAAAAAAGCUGCUUUGCACUUGUUUUGGCUUUUUAUGGCUUUUAGCCGUUGUGAUUUUGUCAAUCUAAAAUAUGUCCUUUCAGUUCUGUUGCCAAUAUUAUCUGGGAUUGAUUCAUCAUUUUCAUAUUUUAUCAGAUUAUACCAGAUACAAUAAACUCCAUUUUCUUUGAA